AUGGACGCCUCUUCGAACAUGGGGUGCCCCGCCCCGUUCACUUCCGGUGCAUGUGAUGAUGGUGCUGAUGGCUUCACUUCGGGGGCUCGGGCUCAGGCGCCGUCUGCUGCGCGUAAGCGACGGCCCUCGCACUUCGCGCAGAGGCGGAAGUCCAUCGUCAACCAGAUCAUGGAUGGCGAGGAGGGCCUGUUGCUUAAGUUGGACCUUCUCUUGACCGACCUCGAACGGCGGCUAGAGUACUGGGAGAGUUACCGAGAGCUCACCUUGGACUCGAGUAUCUCAGCCGCUUUCUCGACGCUGCAGGCUGUGCGGACGCGGUGCUCCCAGGCCUCAGAGGAAGUUAUGGGCGCGGGCCGGCGCAGGUUGUAUCUCAUGGUGGAGACGCUCGAGUCUGGGUAUCACGAGGCUCUAGCCGCGGCCGGCUCAUUAAAUGAAAAGGCUAAGGUCGGCAUCGAGCUGCUCAACGGCAUGCUGGAGGAUAUGGAGGCUCAGGCGGCCAAGUUUCGGGAAAAGGGCCUGGCCAACGCUGCCGAGACUUUCAUUGAUGAAGCCCACCGCGUAGUGGACGAGGGUAUCGGGCGAGCGAUCCGGGCAGCUGAGUCGCUCGAGGACCACGUCCAACGCGCCAUCGCUCACGCCAGGGAGCAUGGUCUUCUCCGGUACGAGGACUUGCCAGUGCCCUGGAGGAUCAACCCCCACAUCAUCAAGGGCUAUCGGUUUUCCGAGACGAAGCUGGCGUGCGUGAGGUCGGCGUUUGGCUUCUCCAACGAGCUCGUCAACAUCUGGUCUCACGCUCUCGGCUUCGUUCUCGUCCUAUCCGUUGCCUUUUACUUCUACCCCACGAGUGCCACGUUCUCGUCGAGUUCAAAGGCCGAUGUCUUCGUCGCCGCAGUCUUCUUCUUCGCCGCUUGCCAGUGCCUGGUCUGCAGCACUAUCUGGCACACGAUGAAUUCGGUGGCCGAUGUCAACCUGGUCUCCAUGUUCGCUUGUGUCGACUACACAGGCAUCUCGCUAUUAAUUGCAGCCUCCAUUAUGACGACAGAGUACACGGCAUUCUACUGCGAGCCUGUUAGCCGUUGGGUUUACAUGCUUACCACAGCUCUCUUGGGCAUCGGGGGCGUCAUCCUGCCGUGGCACCCUCGGUUUAACGGUCAGGACAUGGCAUGGGCCAGGGUUGGCUUUUUUGUCGGCCUCGGCGCCACAGGCUUCCUACCGAUACUGCAACUCUCACUGACGCGGGGUGCCGAGGCUACCUGGGCUUUCUACUCACCGAUCGUCAAAUCUUUGGCUGUUUAUCUCCUUGGCGCUUGCGUUUACGCAAGCAAGAUCCCCGAGCGGUGGUGCCCUGGGAUGUUCGACUACGUUGGGGGCAGCCACAAUCUCUGGCACAUUGCAGUGCUAGGAGGGAUUCUUUUCCACUACACGGCCAUGCACAACUUCUUUUCGCAUGCUUUUGAACUCGCCAGAGAUGGAUGCACCGCAUAUUAA